AUGGAGCGCAACCCAGACUUGCAGCGAGUCCUCGCGGCCUUGAACAGUUAUAGUUCACAAACAUCAGGCGCUCCACAACAAUCUCCCUUCGACUCCGAGCAAGCCUAUAAUCCGGAAUUGGCCACAUUUGCUUCCAGCAUUCCAGGCCUGGGAUUCCUACCUUCACAGUCAAGUCAGCAGAGACCUAUCUCUCCGCCUCCUGUUCUCCGACACCAGAUUUCAAGUUCGCAUAAGGCAUUAACACAACCAUGUCCAGCAGACGUAUCAAGCAAGCCUUCGACACCUACAGCCCCUGACGCGUCGACCAUAACGACAUGGCCGGCUGCACUGAAACAUGUCUCUCGUCAUCUGGUUCCAAACGAACAGGCAGCCAAUCGAAUCAAGCAUCUUAUUUCUGAACAGCACAAGCAUGAGCGUCAGUGGUGGGCGGGUCGGGAGGCAAUUGUGGCUAGACAGCAAGGCAGAUCCGGGACGUCUCAACAAGUUGCUGCUCUUUUGAAGUCACUAGGUGGGAAGGAAGUCCCUAUGGCUUCUUCAGAUCCGAAGACGGACCAAGCAGAAUUGGAAGCCUACGAUAGGAAAGUUUACGCCGGGCUUACGACAAUGGCAGCAGAUUUCGAUCGACAGUUGAGGGCAAUAGGAGUGCCGUUCUAUGCUAUCAAGCAUGAUCUGGUUGUCUUGGAACAAGGACCUGAGAAAACUGGAGCUGCAAAAGGAAGAAUCGACAAGGGUGAACUCAGAGAAUUGCAGAAGAGGAUGUUGCAGACGCUGGAAGACCUCUUUGGAGAUUGA